UGCUGUUUUGCUCUUUCUCGUGAAGAAUUUGUCCGUGUUCCUACUAAUCCCAUGUGACAGUCUCUUGACAUUUCCCUCGCCACUUUUUUCCUAUCUCGUUCGUCUGAGCUAACACCUUCCAUGGCAUCCCAUCGGGCCGUUUAACCACAUUUGACGUCCCCCCGACAUUUAAUUAAGCGUUGACCGUUCACGAACGUAAACGAUACGGCUUAUUGAGUGCAUGAAAACGACAUCGGUCCCCAUCGCACGCCACCGCAUCGUUAACGCGAAACCGCUACAAUUACCUGUGUACAACGUAAUUACCCUACUUUGCACCCUGUAAAAAUGGGUUAAUUAAAAGAAAUCGAUACGCUAUUUCGUAAAUUAUGAAAAGUGAUAUAAAAGGCAUCAAAGUGGCACACACGGCGCCUCCCGAAGAAGGAACGGCUGUGUGAAAAAACGUUGCGUUAACGCACUACCAAAGGCAACAAAUUAGAAAUAUACAAAUUACAAGCUUCCAAUUCCCGCGCGUUGGGAAUUAAUUUGCGAAUAUAAUGAAUUUUAGCUGACGGAAGUUGCAAUUACAUCAUCAAAGGAAACGAGGGCUGUGUUGGCGUUGAGCGUGUCGAUCGCAUCUCCAGUGCACGAUCAAUCCCGUCAGACUCUACCAAGGAACAGGGUCACGGCGCGUCUUCAAGGUGGCUUGGCAAUUACGUCGAUCCACCUCGCAAGAGUGCGCCUAGGCAGGAUCGAGCGUUAUCGAACUGUCCGCCGCACGGAACGCGUUAAUUGCGCAUUCUGUGGGCAAGAUUCAAUCUUCUCGGAGAUGAAGCCCGGCAUGAAGGAAAGUCGCUCUGGACCUUCGACACGUUUUUUCACGCAGAACCGUCCGCCUCCAGUGGUAUCACCGAUAAUGGACCACCGUGUAUAUCCGUAUCUUGCGCGCGCGCUACCCCCAACGAGGUGGUGGCGGUCCAGCGUGUCAGCCGUGCGGGAUGCUGAGGUCGCAGGAUAGAUUCAGUCGUACUGCCUGGCUCCUCUCUGUCGCGCGGCUGACGUGCCCGAUCGGCGAGCGUGCAGGUUGUACCCGCGUGCUGCGGAACGAGGCGUCGAUUUCCUCCCUCGGCGAGCACCUCCGUCACGGUGUGCGGCCGCAGAGAGGAAAUAAGAACGGCAGAGCGCGGAGACGCGAGAGAUGGGUACAGCCGCGUAAGAGGCGUGCGUCGCAUGAUCUCGCUGGGGUAGCCGUUGCAGGGUCUAUAUCCGGAAGCGGACGAGAGAACGCGCCCAAGCACGGAGGAGAAGAGGAUGGGGGUGUACGUGACGGGUGUAAUUGGCGUAAUUGUGUUUUACGUCGCGGUGCUGGGUGUCGGCGUGUGGGCCGCCGCGUUCAAGAAGAGAAAGGCUGCACGGGGACAGGAUGACAUGAUGCUCGCGAAUCGCCGCCUCGGGCCUUUGCUCGGGGUCUUCACGCUCAUUGCGACAUGGGUAGGGGGAGCCUUCGUCAAUGGCACCGCCGAGGCCAUGUUCACCAAGGGUCUGGCCUGGUGUCAAGUACCUAUCGGUUACAGUCUCAGCUUGCUUUUCGGCGCCAUGCUCUUCGUACGUCCGAUGAGGAAGGCCGAGUACGUGACAAUGCUGGAUCCCUUCCAAGAACGAUACGGUGCGGGAGUUGGAGGCUUGCUCUUCCUUCCGGCGUUGUGCGGCGAUCUAUUCUGGUGUGGCGCCGUCCUAAGAGCAUUGGGAAGCUCCCUGGCCGUUGUGGCCGGUGUCGAUCCUAACAUCAGCGUUUGCGCAUCGGCUCUUUUAGCGGCCAUAUAUACAGUCUUCGGCGGAUUAUAUUCUGUGGCCUGUACUGAUGCGCUGCAGCUGCUGUGCAUUCUGCUGGGUUUAGUGAUAGCGGCACCGUUCUCCAUGGUACAUCCCGCGGUGUCGUUCGAAAACAAUUUGGCCCUUAAAGACUGGUUGGGACAGAUAAAGAACGAAGAUUUGGGCGAGUGGGUGGAUGGCAUGCUACUGUUGGUGUUCGGCGGUAUACCUUGGCAGGGUUAUUUUCAACGAAUUCUAAGUAUUAAAAGCACCUCCGUUGCAACGACUCUAUCAAUAGCUUCAAUGUUCGGUUGCCUGUUACUCGCGGUACCAUCGGCCGUAAUCGGCGUGGUUGCUCGUGCCACCGAUUGGUCCUCAGUCCCUGGAUACAACAAAACGUUCACCACCGACGACGGGAACGCCGCGUUGCCGAUGGUCCUGCGAUAUCUCACGCCUCAAUGGGUGUCGUUCGUCGGUCUUGGUGCGAUCUCAGCGGCAGUGAUGUCUUCGGCAGAUUCCAGUAUACUCGCCAGCAGUUCAAUGUUCACUAGGAACGUUUACAAGCUCACGAUACGGCCAAAAGCAUCCGAGCGCGAGUUGAACUGGGUAUUAAGAAUCUCAGUGAUUGCGGUUUCCGUGCUAUCGACUCUGGUUGCGCUUACAGUCAGCAGUGUCUACUAUCUAUCGUAUCUGUGCUCCGAUCUCGUCUACGUUGUUCUGUUCCCGCAACUGUUAGCUGUAAUUCAUUGGCCAUCUAUGGUGGAUACUUAUGGUUGUCUGGCAGGAUACUUCAUCGCCAUCAUCCUGCGUCUCGCCGGAGGCGAAAGAGGACUCGGCAUACUUCCAUUGAUCGAAUAUCCGUUCUAUGAUGCGAAGACACGUACCCAAAAGUUUCCGUUUCGUACUUUUAUCAUGAUAGUCGCUCUUUGCACUCAACUCUUCACCAGUUUUCUCACUAGAACUCUGCUCGGCAAGGGUUACUUUCCACAAUGUUGCGACGUGCUGAACAUCUAUUCGCCCGGGAAGUCCAAGGAUCAAUCAGGCGUGGUACAAAGCAGUUCCGGUGCCGCUCUUAUGGAUUCAUCUUCGAAAUCAACCUCGGGCAUGGACUCGUGCGACGGUGUUGGCACGUGCGUUUAUGAUGACGACGAACGGACCUGUAGUUACGAGGAAGCAGCCGAUUGUUGCGACGGUAACGCGACGAUCGGCGGCGAUCCUGUCGAUUUGAGAACCCCGUCAAAGAUGAAAAGCAUCGGAACGUCGGUCGCACCACGAGCGAUCCACAAUCCACCAAUUCUGCGAAGCGCGAUGCAGACGCCGGCGCGUCACACUCCCGCACACUUGCCCAGCCAGUAUCUCCCGAUCUGUCAGGGCGACAGAGGUCAGAUCCUCGGGGUGAGGAAUCUGCGUGGCCAGGUACUCUCGCCUACCCGGUCGAUUGGCGUCCCAGCGACGCCAACAAUAACUCCAUGCGCUCCAUCUUACGCCAAAGUGGGCUGCGAACUUGGACCGAGUAACGAUAAAUCACGAGACGGCGAUAGAAUCAGCAUUGUCGAAAGGAGUAACAUGGAGUACAAUCUGAACGCUCAGGAAAACACGCCCGCCACCGGCGGCUUAGCUCCGAAGAAAAGCGUGAAAGGAGUGAAACUGGUUGGCAUGGAAGGCGGCACGUUGCGGAGGCCCUCGCUACAGGGCACAUUCUCGCCAACACCGUCGGUGGAACUAGUUCAUAUACUGGACAGGAGACAGAGCAGCGGCUCGUAUGGUCCAGGUUCUCUGUCUCCUGUUCCGGCGAUGGGGGUAGAAGCAUGCAAGACCCAUGGGACCGCAACCGAAGGACAAGGUGGGAACGAGCAUUGCAAGAUAAAGAGGGGCAUCGUGCGGCAUCACAGUUUGCGCAGCUUCAAUGACACGGGAGACCGAGCGCUGACGACGCUCGCCAGGCAGCCGAAUUACCCCUCGAUGCCACUCAGGCCGGAAGACUGCCGUAUGACGCUGGCGAAGAAGGACAGGAGAUUGUCUUUGAUCGGCAGGCAUUCGUCAGUGACGAAUGAGACGGAACUCGGGAACACAAGUGCCCCGAUCAUCUGCAGUCCCACCUUCGGCAUGUACAACUCGGUCGCGAAGAGCUCCAACUACUUCGUCGCGGACGACGAAGCUGUCAGCAGGUUCUAAAGAUGGGAACCUAGUUAGAAAGAACACCAUCAGUAACAUGAUUAUUUGAUCUCAAUCGUUUCCGAGCUCAAAGCUUCUCUUAAUAUUUAACUUCCGUCUGCGAUAUUUCUAAUACUUGGAACAUUGCUUGUUACUUGUAUAAAGUUGCUUAAAAUAGCAAUCCGAUGCAGCACCAUUCUAGGAUUGAUCAUUAACUAGUAUAAGCCAGUGACGGGGAUGCCUUUGUAGAGGAGGUUCACUCUCUUUGCUGUUUUGUUGCUACGUUUUUAUUCAAAAGCGCAAUGUAUUACACAAGACAACAAAGACAAUCAUAAACCCGCCCUGUCACUUUUCGGCGCGCUCAAUCAUCAUACGAUUUUUCUGUUGUUCGUCAGACCCUUGGACUGACGACCCUUGGACUGACAAUUGUACUGUGGAACCAAUAUAUAUAGUUGAUAGAUUACACAAUCAGUUUUGUAUAAAGAUAUCCAUACUCGCAACAUUCCACUUGAGUAGAUGAAUUAAAUAAGGCCAGAAUAGACGAUCUUGUUUUAAUGCAGGACUGAAAAACUCGGCUAGUCUAUUAUAAAUGUAAGCUAAUUAAUACUCAAUGUUUUUGUACAAUACUUACGCGUCCAAAUACACAUGUGUACACAUAUAUACACGCACGCACAUUUCACACGUAUCAUACGUACACGCAAAUAGAAUUCAGCACGCAUUGAUCAUUUCAUAUUAUAGAACCUUUGAUAAAUCAUAGUUAGUGAUUAGGAAUACAAUAUGUGAGAUGAGUGAUGCACACAGGCUUAUAUCAUUUCCUUAGUCUAAUGAAAAAAAGAGGGAGGAAGAAAACGAAAUGAUGAUAAAUCGCAAGAAGAAGAACGGUGUAAGCUCCAUUCCUGCCGAACGGACGCGGAUUCGGGCGGAGCUUAAAUCGUUGCGGAACGUCCAAAGAAUGUCAUGUGCAAAUUUACGAUAUGUCAACAAGAAAGUAUGAUAUUUUUCCACUAACGCGAUAUCUCGUUAGUUCCGUAGUAUUAUUGUACAACUAGUUACGAACUUAACGCGAACUUAACAUGUGCGAUUAGUUGGUAUUACAUUAGCGGGAAACGAUCUCUCACGUUUCCCUCGAGCUCAAUGCCGUAUUUAGAGAGAGAUUGAAAAUGUGAAUGAUAUUUAGAGAUGAUCCUCCCCUCCUGUGUAAAUAUAGUGGAGCACACUUUUAUAUCGAGAGAAAGAAUGUCCGUAGAUAGCAGAAAUACCUUUCCUAUCGCUCAAGCUGCAUAAAACUAAGCAUAGCCCUUUAUACGAAUCUCUAUUUGUUAAUUACGCUUAUUAAUUUUGUAAAUAGUAAUUGAGCAGAUUGGAUGAAACGGAUAGAACUGUCAAAUAAUUAAUAUGGAACUUUCAACGGCUUUGCAAUUUUAUCAAGAGUAAUAUUUGUCAAUCAAAUUGUACUCUCUCCGCUGGAUCCAAUCUUGAGCGACGCGGAAUAGUUGAACGAAAUGUUAAUCUCUGGAAAUUAAGCCAAGAGUAAUGUGAGCGAGAUUGCGCGAUUAAUUAUCGUUUCUAAAUAUCAUUCUUAUAUGGCCAUUAAUUUAUACCUUCCCAUUGUAAAUGAACACUAGACAUUAGAUACUUAACGUAAGACGAUCAUAGUGUACUUAAAGUGAGUGAGACUUUAUACUCGACGACUCGCUUUUAGACUUCUCUUCGUACCUUUGUAAGAUGAGCACGAUGUAAAAUAGAAGGUAAGAGGUGAACAUCGAAUACCUGCAUCAGUAUUAUUAAACGUAGGGACGAGCAUUCGAGACUUAAUCGACUCGUGAAGGACCUCGGUCCUUCAUAGUGGUACUUUAAGGUCCUUAAGGUAGACUAAUUAAUCGGUUCGAUGAUCGCAUGACGUGUCUCCUGAACAUUUGCACCCUCCAGAAACUUGGCUACGACUUAGUUUUACCACCCUUGCAUGUUGCAAUGUUAUUCGUGAUGAUAUUAUCAACGAUAUAAUAAUAAUGAACAAAAUUGGCUUUUAUUUUUUAUACAAAGUCACUCUUUCUCUCUUUCUUUCUUAUAUAAAUAUUGUAACUUGAUACUUUUACGUUUUUUAAAAUAAUCACCGUUGGAGCACCGUUUCUCUUGUGAGUUUGCACGUAUGCGACCAUCACAGAGAGCUUUUGUAAGAAAUACUUAUUAUAACGUACAUGUGUAUACUCUUAUAUAUCAUCUAUUACACAUAUAUAUUAAUUAAUACGUAGUACAAGUAUUUGUUUCCGAAUAAAGACGCAAUCGACAUUGUGCAACGUGAAUUAUGUGCCAAAGCGUAAGAUAAAGAGGAUGCCAUUGGCAUGACCGUGCCGAUAAUUUACGUCGAAGAAAAACCAAUUCAAAAAUAAUUUCCGUCAGUUUAAGUUUAAUAGGUCCGAAUUUUAAUGCCAUCGAUCCUUACUCUCUAUGUUUAUUCAUCGUAAUAAAAACAGGAAUGAUUGAUUAUUUUAAUUUAAAAUAUUAAAAAUUCGUCUGGAUUUUUUUCACUUUCAACAUGAUCUAAUCAUUGAUUCAUACAUUAGGAAUUGAUCAUUAGGAUUGUAAUUCUUAGAAGACCAAAUAAUUAAAGUUUUAAGACAAAAUAAUUGAAAAUUUAUAAAAAUUUUGAGAAUUUGACUAUCUCACGCGUGCAAUCUGAAAAAAAACAGACAAAGUUUUGAUAAUUAGAUAAUCGAUUCCCUGAAUCUUCUCGGCGAAUACGGUCAGCCGAUGUACAAGUUAGCCACGUAAGUCUGCCUUAAUAUAAGGAUCGUUCAUUAUUAUCGAUAUAAGAAAAAAAUAGAAGAAAACGUUGAUGCCCGAUAUUUGCAGUAAAAUCAGAGGACGGUUCAUCCAUCAAUCUUCAUAAAAUUAGAUGAAAUGUCCGGAAUGUCUCCGAGGAAAUGCACUUGAAAGCAUUUUGGACAGGAUACUUUCUAACUUAAAUGUUUUAUAUAAAUGUUCAUUCAAUUUGCAACAAAAAUCUUUCCACGAAUAAUUUCUUGUUUACAGAAAUAAUAUUUGAUUCGAUAGAUGUUCGCCAAGUGUCAUGGAUAUCGAAGAGUAAAUUAUUCGUGAACGACACCUGAUAUUUGUUAGAUAUUUUCUUCAUUGUAAAAUCACUCGUAUUAUAAUAAUAGUCUCUACAGUAUAUAUAUUGUCAAUAAUUGUAACGUUCCCAAUGACUAGAAUAAUAAUCACUGUAAGGAAUGAUACGAAAAGUCGCUCAAAGUGCCGAAUAAAAGAGACAAGUCGCAAGAA